GAUUCGAGUUAUCUUGGACCUGUGAGCAUAGGGACACCACCACAAUCAUUCAGUGUCGUCCUCGAUACAGGAUCAUCCGACCUUUGGGUUGCAGACUCGUCAUGCACCUCCUGCGAUUCUACAACACCGUUAUUCGCCCCCUCAAAAUCCUCAUCAAUCACUUCAGCGAGUCAAGAUACCACGAUCCGUUAUGGGUCCGGCACGGUGGCUGGAACAAUAGCACAAGACGUGGUCUCCAUGGGCAACUUUAACGUUCAAAGCCAAACGUUUUUGGCCGUUGACCGCCUCACGACUGGCCUUCUUGAAGGUUCAGCAUCAGGACUCAUGGGUCUCGCGUUUCCCGCCAUUGCUAGCACGAAAUCGACUCCAUUUUGGCAGGCUUUAGGAAGCCAGCUGUCUGUCUCUGAGAUGGCCUUCUAUCUUACACGAUUCAACGGUGAUGCUAGUGCCAAGGACGAGGAACCCGGAGGUGUGUUUACCCUCGGAGGAACAAAUUCGACGCUCUUUACUGGCGAGAUUGAAUUCCUCAAUAUGCCUUCGGGUACACCAACCUUUUGGCUUCUCACCAUGUCCGCGAUCACUGUGCAAGGACAGUCCGUUCAAAUCUCGACAGGCAACGCCGCUCUAGCGGCCAUUGACACUGGCACUACCCUUAUCGGUGGUCCAACCGCUGACGUCAAUGCCAUCUGGGCAGCCGUUCCGGGCUCAGCGGCCGUUGCGGACCAGCAAGGAUUUUUCUCUUUCCCCUGCUCUACCUCGGUUGAAGUGACGCUUUCCUUCGGGGGCAAGGCCUGGCCGAUAAGUGCGGCCGACAUGAAUAUCGGCCAGGUUUCGCGUGGGAGCUCGCAAUGCCUUGGAGCGAUCUUUGACCUCAGCCUCGGGAGUAACAUUCCUUCUGGCUCAGGUAAUCCCUCUUGGGUUGUCGGGGACUCCUUCUUAAAGAACGUAUAUUCUGUCUUUCGUGCUGGUAACCCUGGUUCAGUUGGGUUCGCGCAGCUUUCUAGCGUGGCUGGCGGAUCAGGCGCUCCAAGCGGCAAUGGUUCCUCAACGACAACCACGGGCUCCAGCAGU